GCGCGCACUGGAGGCAGUGAGGCACCGGCGGAAUCCCGUGUUGUGUCGCAGGUUCCGACUCCGCACUGUGAGUCGCUUCUGCAUGCAAGACGGCUGGUAGCAGUACGCGGAUGGACAAUAAAUUAGAAAUAAAAUAAACUCGAGCAGCUCCCGGGCAUGACUUGUCCCUUUCAUCAUCCCCGUCGUGGGUGUCGUGGGAUCGGGCAGGGCGCGUGCGUGGAGACAAGGGCAAGUUCGUCGGCCGUAAAUGCAGCUGCAAGCACUAACGCGGGCUGGUUUGGACCGGCUCCCACUCGCCCGAGUGACUAGCUCUUGAUAGCAGGAGUCAAUCUCGAAUCCAGCACCACGAUGUCUUCUCUAGCUGCGCUGCUGCAGCUCUUCCGCCAGUCAAGCGGGUUGGUCGGCGGUCCUGCCAGGACAUGUGGCCGUUCUCCAGUGCAUGGAGGAUCAAGAGGCGCAGGUAGGGGUCAUCCGUUGCAUCGAGAUCGGGCGUUCGUUCUCCCAGCAGCAGAUGGAAGUGGCCGUUUGCUGGCCGCGGGCAUGUCUCGGCCGCCGUCCUGCUCACCGUGGCUCUUGAUCAUCCUCAACAACCCUCCUGGAGGUAGUAGUAAUACGACCGACCCCCCAGCACAUCUUCUGGACCCCUUCUGGUUGUUAAUCCCGUCUCCGACACGACGAGGGUUGCGAUCUGAGCACCCGGACUGAUCCCGUGGGUUGGAAUGCCCUGGUCCAAUCACGAUGCUUUCGGCAUUUGCCUCGUGAUAUGCUUCAGUCAAUAGUAAUCAUGCUAAUACCCCUUAAGUAGUAGUCAUAAUGAUGGCGAGGUGUCAUUGUCAUUAUCAAUCAGCGCUGUUAAUUUGCUGCUGUUUCAUGAAGGUGGUGUCGCUCUUGUUUUUUUCUAUUUUUACGCUCCUGAGGAUCAUCCCGUAGAUAGUACACGAUGUACUCCGUAGAUGUACGGAGGAAAGUCGAUGAGUGGGUAAACCGACU